CGGCUUCGUUGAGACGGACGCACCCUCCCCUCCUUCAUGGGGUGCUGGGAGAGAAGGAGGCAGCCGAAGCCGUGGCGCCCGGGGUAGGGCUGGCAGCGGGGUGAGUGGGAGGGGGUGUUGCCAUGGCGACUAGGGAAAGGAGCGGCGGCGGCGUUGGAGGCUUUUCCUCGGGGCGCCGUCGCCGCAGCCGAGACGACCCCGGGAGCAUGAAGCGGACGGCGAGGCGAGCGGACGACCCCGAAGGCGGAGGCAAGCGACGGGAGCUGCCCGGGCUGGACUGGGCCUCGCUGCUGCCGGAGGUGCUGCUGCGCGUCUUCCAGCACCUGCCGUUGCUGGACCGCGCGCGCGCCUCGCAGGUUUGCCGCGGCUGGCAACGGGCCUUCCACCUGCCAGAGCUGUGGCGCCGCUUCGAGUUCGAGCUGGGCCAGCCGGGCGUCGCAGCCACCCACCCAGAGCUCAUCAAGCAGAUCCUCAAGCGCCACGCCGGACACCUGCAGUACGUCAGCUUCAAGGUGGAUAGCAGCAAGGAAUCAGCUGAGGCUGCUUGUGAUAUUUUAUCCCAGCUUGUGAAUUGUUCUUUAAAGACCCUCGGACUGAUUUCCACCGCUCGACCAAGUUUUAUGGAUUUACCAAAGUCACACUUUAUUUCAGCCCUAACCGUGGUGUUCGUAAACUCCAAAUCCCUUUCUUCACUCAAGAUAGACGAUACGCCAGUAGAUGAUCCAUCUCUCAAGGUGUUGGUGGCUAACAACAGCGAUACCCUAAAACUCUUAAAAAUGAGCAGCUGUCCUCAUGUCUCUCCAGCAGGAAUCCUCUGUGUAGCUGACCAGUGCCACGGUUUACGAGAGCUGGCGUUGAAUUACCACUUGUUAAGCGAUGAGCUCCUCCUGGCUCUGUCUUCUGAAAAACACGUCAGGUUGGAACAUUUGCGCAUUGACGUUGUCAGUGAGAAUCCAGGACAGACGCACUUCCACCCCCUGGAGAGAAGCAGCUGGGACGCUUUCAUCCGACAUUCCCCUAAAGUGAAUUUGGUGAUGUACUUUUUCUUGUACGAAGAGGAAUUUGAUCCGUUCUUCCGGUACGAAACGCCGGUCACCCAUCUUUAUUUCGGGAGAAUGGUCAGCAAAGAGGUCCUUGGGCGGGUGGGAAUGACCUGCCCGCGACUGGUUGAACUGGUGGUGUGUGCCAACGGAUUACGGCCACUGGACGAAGAGCUGAUCCGCAUCGCCGAGCGCUGCAAGAACCUGUCGGCCAUUGGCCUCGGAGAAUGUGAGGUCUCCUGCAGUGCCUUUGUCGAGUUUGUGAAAAUGUGUGGCGGCCGUUUGUCUCAGCUAUCUAUAAUGGAAGAGGUCUUGAUUCCCGACCAGAAGUACAGCUUGGAGCAGAUCCAUUGGGAAGUGUCCAAGCAUCUUGGGAGAGUUUGGUUUCCAGACAUGAUGCCCACCUGGUAGAGUUAUUGGGGACAAACCCUUCGCUCUUGGGCCAGCCUUGUGGCAGCUUCGUCAUAAUAAGCAGCUUCGUGAUCCUAGGAUCUCUCAAGCACGGUAGAAAAUCAGUCUACUCAUUAGUCUGCUGCAGUGGUUCUCAACCUUUUUAAUGCCGCGACCCCCAACUGGUCGUAAGUCGAGGACUACUCAACCGGUCGUAAGUCGAGGACUACUCAACUGGUGCAGCACCGUUUGCAGAAUGGGACUUUUG